AUGUCUAAUACCACCGAAACGCAGCAGCAGGAGAUUGGCAACGAUACUUUGACAGAGCAGCAACAACAAUCGAACGAGCAACAAGUUACAACGACACCAUUGCAAGAGAAAGCACAAGACAUCGAUACCAACAAGGAGCGAUCGCCAUCACCAGGAUCGUCCACUGAUGGAGAGCAAAGCGAACAGCCUGUGCAUCCACUUGGAACACCCAUAUCCAUGGCCAGACUACCAGUGCCUGAAAAGAAACAACCAUCAUCAUCAUCCUUUGUUACCAAUCAAGCCGAUGCAGCUGUGGAAGAGAUUACUGUGAGCGAUAUGGAAGAGGACAACGAUACCCAACACGUUUCUGUACAUGAUGAUGCACCUUCAAUACCGGCAUCACAGCAAGAUGUGACACCAACCAACGACGAAUCGAUAAAACGAGAGGAUUCCACAGCGAUGAACAGCUUGAUGGAUGAUCAACAACCUUCACACAUGGAUGAGGAUUCUUUACAUGAAGACGGUGGAUCUGAAGUAGUCAAGAGCCUUCUCAAUACGACGAGUGAUGAUAUAUGGGGUCCACGCACAAACAACGAUUUGCCUCAGGGGAUGAAGGUUACACGUGAGCUCUUCAACGAAUAUUCAAUCGACGAGUCGAGUGUGAUGCAUGAUCAGCUGUUUGAACUCUUGAUAAAAGCCACAGACCUUGAUGACACCAUCCAUCAACAAGCAGAUGCCAUUAUCCAGAAAUACCGCCAGCACGACGAGGGUCAUGACAAAGUCAGUAUGGAUGGUGGUGACAGCUAUGAUGACAUGAAGGACGCUGAUCGUGAAGGAGACCCAUCCAACCAAUGA